AUGAACUGGGUUCGUGGUGAAAAAUUGGGUAAUGGAAGCUUUGGAACGGUGAAUAUAGCUAUACCCAGAAGCCGGAGCUGUCAAAUUCCACCAGUGAUGGCCGUGAAAUCUUGUGGGGCGUCUCUUUCUGAUUCGCUUAUGAACGAGAAAUUGAUACUUGAUGAGCUUAAAGAUUGCCCAGAAAUCAUUCGUUGCUUUGGAGAAGAUUUUACUGAUGAAAACGGUGAGAAAUUGUAUAAUGUAUUGUUGGAGUAUGCUUCCGGCGGUGCUUUGGCUGAUAAGGUGAAGAAUUGCCCGGGUAGUCGGCUGCCGGAGAGUGAAGUCCGGCGGUAUACAAAGGCUUUACUUAAAGGGCUUAAUUAUAUUCACAAGUUUGGUUAUGUUCAUUGUGAUAUUAAGCUUCAGAACAUUCUUCUGGGCACAAACGGCGGUGUAAAAAUUGCGGAUUUUGGCUUGGCGAAGAGAGUUGGAAGAGAAAAAGUGGAUGAUUUUGGGUGUGAAUUGAGGGGUACACCGCUGUAUAUGUCUCCGGAGAUGGCCACCAGAAACGAGCAGGGUCCUCCGGCUGACAUAUGGGCACUUGGAUGUGUUGUGGCGGAGAUGGUCGGUGCAGCUUCUCCAUGGAGGUGUUCCGGCGUGGCGGAGCUACUGAUGAGAAUAGGCGUUCGUGGGGAGGUGCCGGAGGUGCCUGAAAAUUUAUCAUCAGAAGGAAAAGAUUUUCUGGAAAAAUGUUUUGCUAAUGACCCAAGUAAAAGAUGGACGGCUGAGAUGCUUUUAAAUCAUUCCUUUGUUGAUGAUCAAGAUUUCGAUGACACUGUGGCAUUGAAAGAAAGACAUGAUGAAUAUAAUGCCUCGACCUCUCCUAAGUGUCCAUUUGAUUUCCCAGAUUGGACAAUUACAUCUUUGCCCUCGCCGGAAUAUUCAUUGGAAUCUGGCUCUUGGUUUUGCGAGGAGGCGAAUUUGACAACUGGGUCAAUGUCUAUUCCGCCGGUGGAGAGGCUGCAGGGACUAGUGAGCGAUCAUCAGCUUCAUUGGUUCGAUUCGGACGAAUGGCUCACUGUUAGAUGA